ACGCGGUAGGGGAUGCCCAGCUCCACUGCGAUGGCAGUUGGCGCGCUGUCCAGUUCCCUCCUGGUCACCUGCUGCCUGAUGGUGGCUCUGUGCAGCCCGAGCAUCCCGCUGGAGAAGCUGGCCCAGGCGCCGGAGCAGCCCGGCCAGGAGAAGCGCGAGCACGCGUCUCGGGACGGCCCGGGGCGGGUGAGCGAGCUCGGGCGCCCUGCGAGGGACGAGGGCGGCGGCGGCCGGGACUGGAAGGGCAAAGGCGGCCGCGGGCUGACCAGCCGGGAGGCGUGGAGCAGGCAGAAGCAGGCCUGGCCCGCCCAGGGCGGGGGCGCCAAGGCCGGGGACCUGCAGGUGCGGCCUCGAGGGGACACCCCCCACGAAGAGCCCCCGGCCGCCUCCGCCCAGGACGCCGCGGGCUCGGACCCGGGGCCCACGCUGGAGCCGCCGGAGGAGUACGCGUACCCGGACUACCGCGGCAAGGGCUGCGUAGACGAGAGCGGCUUCGUGUACGCGAUCGGAGAGAAGUUCGCGCCCGGCCCCUCGGCCUGCCCGUGCCUGUGCACCGAGGAGGGGCCGCUGUGCGCUCAGCCCGAGUGCCCGCGACUGCACCCGCGCUGCAUCCACGUCGACACGAGCCAGUGCUGCCCGCAGUGCAAGGAGAGGAAGAACUACUGCGAGUUCCGGGGCAAGACCUACCAGACUCUGGAGGAGUUCGUGGUGUCGCCGUGUGAGCGGUGCCGCUGCGAGGCCAGCGGGGAAGUGCUGUGCGCGGUGUCCGCGUGUCCGCAGACGGAGUGUGUGGACCCGGUGUACGAGCCCGACCAGUGCUGCCCCAUCUGCAAAAACGGCCCCAACUGCUUUGCCGAGACGGCUGUCAUCCCAGCUGGAAGAGAGGUGAAAACAGACGAAUGCACCAUCUGUCACUGUACCUACGAGGAGGGGACGUGGAGGGUCGAGCGACAGGCCAUGUGCACGAGACACGAGUGCAGGCAAAUGUAGGGACUGGGCCCCCAGACCCGGGCGCUUCCCAGAAUCCCUUCCUGGCCUGGGCCAUCGGGGUGACCCUGGACAUACCCCACGCAAGGGGGAGACUCGCGAUGAGGAGUCACGGCGGAUUUGGGGCACUUCUGCUUUUCUUGGGAACAGUGACUGCAAGAGAAGGAAAUGGAUCUAUUUCAAAACAUCCACACGGACCUUGGGCGUAAAAUCCGUCUCUAAAUAAAUGUGCUAUUUUCACAGUGA